CCACUUCUCACCUCAUUUUCAAUGCCAGUCGACCUGUCGAUUCUUGAUUCAUUGAGCGAGCAGGCCAUUGGAGAGAUUCUUCAGAGCUGGAGCGCCUUCGUCUACUGUACUGAGAUCCUUCUAGGCGGGAGAGGCGAUCUCUCCGCGGUCUCCGAGCUCGCUAGCUCCGUGGCCAUCCUAUGCAGAAACGGCUUACGCUCCCUCUUGGAGGACCACUUUCUCCAAUACCUUGAGGAGGCAUUUAUGGCAAGUGCGGUCUUGAAGUUCUGGCGGCACUUCGAUCCGUAUUCUGAUGUGCCAGGAUUAGAUCUAAAAAACCAUCAAGCUCUUGUUAAUCAGCUUCAAGAAGCACUUAGUUCAUCACUGGAGGAGAUAUGCUCAGAGAAGAAUUACCAGGAAAAGUGCCUUUCUUUGCUCAUUCAUGCUUUGGAAUCAUACGAGGAGAGUUUCGCGACGGAUAAAAUGUAUUAUGGGCAUCAUGAAUCCAAUCUGCUUUCCAGAUACCAGUUGAUGGUAUCUUCUGUUCUUUUGACAACGCUUCCUUUUCACUUUCCUGAGGUACUCCGCCUGUAUUUUAAGCAUAAAUUGGAGGAGCUAAAUACCAUAAUUAACAUCAGUUAUGAAGAUGGAAUGGGAUCUUUGAAGAAUGAUGGAAAUGUUAAGUAUGAUGCACCAGAUGAAAUGAACAUUGACGGGAACCAUUCUGAAUCUGCGGUAUCUAAGAAUUAUUCUUUGGUCAAAAGCAUUGGAAAAGUUGUUCUUGAUCUUAGAAAUCUUGGUUUUACAGCUUUGACAGAAGAUGCCUAUGCUUCUUCUAUCAUUCAGCUUUUGAAGGCCAAAGUUCAAAACUUAGCGGUUGAUGAUUAUCGGACCCCUGUUUUGCAGUCUAUUAAGGAAUGGAUACAGGUUGUUCCGCUCCAGUUCUUGCAUGCUCUUUUAUGCUAUUUAGGAGACUCAUAUGACAAUGAUGUUUCAUCUGGUCUGAUAUCACCUUUGGCUUCUCGUCCCCCUUCAUAUCCUGGGAUUGAUGCUCCCUCUGAAGGGCUUGUCAGGUGGCAGCUACGCUUGGAGUAUUUUGCUUAUGAAAAGCUACAGGAUUUGAGAAUUGGAAAACUUUUUGAAAUUAUUGUGGAUUACCCUGACAGCUCUCCAGCCAUUGAAGAUCUAAAACAAUGCUUGGAGCAUACUGGACAACAUUCAAAACUUGUUGAUUCAUUUAUUUCUUCAUUGCGAUAUCGAUUGCUUACAGCUGGUGCUUCAACUAAUGACAUACUGCAUCAAUAUGUUUCAACCAUUAAAGCCCUCCGAACAAUAGAUCCAACCGGUGUAUUUUUGGAAGCAGUAGGAGAGCCAAUUAGGGACUAUUUGAGGGGAAGAAAGGACACAAUUAAAUGUAUUGUUACAAUGCUUACUGAUGGAAGUGGGGUAAACCCGAGUGGAACAGGCAAUACUGGUGAUAGCCUCCUUGAAGAAUUAAAUAAAGAGGCCGAAAACCAAGAGACUGCUGAUACUGAUGAAGAUAUUAAUGUUGAUGACAAGCAAGCAUGGAUUAAUGCUGAAUGUUGGGAACCUGAUCCAUUAGAGGCAGAUCCACUGAGAGGCUGCAGGCAAAGGGGGAAGAUUGACAUACUUGAAAUGCUUGUCAGCAUAAUUGGUUCAAAAGAUCAGCUAGUUAAUGAAUACCGUAUUAUGUUAGCUGAAAAGCUUCUUAACAAAUCUGAUUAUGACAUUGACUCAGAGAUACGAACUCUAGAACUCCUUAAGAUACACUUCGGAGAGAGCAAUAUGCAGAAGUGUGAAGUAAUGGUUAAUGAUCUCAUCAGUUCCAAGCGGAUGAAUGCUAAUAUCAAGGCAUCCAAAUCUCAGCUUGCUGUGAAUGGUUCUGAGCAAGAAAAAGCCUUAUCUCUGGAUCUUGUUGAUGCCACAAUAAUUUCUUCAAACUUUUGGCCUUCAAUUCAGGAAGAAUCGCUUCAUCUUCCUUUGCCUGUAGAACAAAUUCUUUCAGAUUAUGCCGAGAAGUUUCACGAAAUCAAAGCUCCUCGUAAGCUAUUAUGGAAGAAAUAUCUUGGUACCGUAAAGCUAGAAUUGCAGUUUGAUGAUCGAAAUGUGGAAUUCAGCGUCACUCCAUUACAUGCAGCAAUUAUCAUGCAAUUUCAGGAGAAAACUAGCUGGGUUUCUGAAAGCCUCGCGGCUGCUGUUGGGUUACCUGUGGAUGUUCUCAACAGAAGAAUGAGUUUUUGGAUAGGUAAGGGUGUGAUUAGAGAUUCCGGAGGAACAAACUCUAAUGAUCGUGUCUUUACCCUUGCUGAUGAUGUCACCGAUGCAAACAGACACGAUAUUUCCAAUGAAACUGAAGGAAUGGAUGAAGAAGGAGAAAGCUCCAUGGCAUCAUUCGAGGAACAGGUGCAGAAAGAAAUGACCAUAUAUCAGAAAUUUAUCGAAGGGAUGCUAACAAACUUUGGUGGCAUGACUCUGGAUAGAAUACAUAACACACUGAAGAUGUUUUGUGUCGCCGAGCCAACAUAUGACAAGUCGCUUCAACAACUACAAAGCUUUUUAUCCAUGCUUAUAGCGGAAGAGAAGUUAGAUAUGAGGGAUGGGCAAUACUUUCUGAAAAAGUAGCCGAGAAACCGGUAAUUGCACUUUUAAUGUCAGGGUUAGUCAAGUAAUUAUAUUCAAACAUGUAAUUAUACAUACUAGCACACAAGCCUAGGUAUUUACAUUUCUCGCUCCUGAACUUUCAUAUUUACAAAAAUCUAUGCAUGGAAAGGUGUAUUUCACUUUCAAAGGUAGAUAAUAGUCUUAUUUCUGAUUUUAUAUUGAAGAUU